ACUGCAACGCAACAUACCUAGAUGAAGAGCCACCGGAGAAUGCAACAAAAACACUACCGGGAGGCGAAAUCAUGGAAUUCGAAGUAACGAAGAACCGAGAAUUUUCCGAACAAAUCAUUCGUGAAGAAGUCGCCGUUGCCGGAAUAUUCUUCUCUGUAACAACCGGAUUUGCCAUUGCCCGACGAAUUUUUCGCGCUCUCUUCAGUCUUCACUCGUUUCCUGAGAACGAACAGAGACAAAUUUCAGAGGGUUUUGUGAAUUUUAAAACGGGCCUUAAAUUUUUUAAUUGGGUAGUCCGGCCCAAACUUGAAGCCCAUUAUCCAGCCGAUUUCUGUCAGCCCAAUAUGUAGAAACCAGGCCGAAUUUUUCCACGCACCAAAUAGAAGCAACAUAGGUUUCGCCUCCGACGACGCCAUUCCCUCCGCCGUAAGCCGCCGUCGCGUUCUCUUCAACCUCGUGGUGGUGAAAGGUGAAAGUCUGCUUCAGAAAUUUACAGAAUUAUUGCAAUUUGUGUGACAAGAUAAAAACUGCAAGAAAAUGGCUGUUACAAGUGGACCAAAUGAUUUGUCUUCGGAAAUGGAGGUGGAUGCUUUUCGGCGUCUUUUUCCUCUGCGCUUUCACGAGCGUCACCUUCUUGAAUCGCUAAGGCCUGACGGCCGCCCCCUUGGAAGAGCUAGAGACACCACACUUAUGCUCGGAGCUGUUGCAUCUGCUAAUGGAUCAGCGAUGGCAAAGAUAGGUUCCACUACAAUGUUAGCUGCGAUUAAAAUGGAAGUCAUGACUCCAACUGCAGAGGCACCUGAUGAAGGAUGCAUAGCCAUUGAAUUCCACAUGCCUCCGAUAUGUUCUCCACUGGUACGACCUGGCAGGCCAGCAGAGGUAGCUCCAGUUAUAUCGAAGCAAUUAUCCGACACCAUUUUGAGCUCGGGCAUGAUUGAUCUUAAAGAAUUAUGCUUAGUUGGUGGUAAAGCUGCAUGGAUGGCAUAUCUGGACAUAUACUGUCUGGAUGCUGAUGGUGCCCUUUUUGACGCAGCAUUGCUUUCGGCGGUGGCAGCCUUCUCGCACUUGCAAAUUCCGGUUGUCUCUCUGAACGAUGACGGUAGAAUUGUUAUUAUAUCUGAGGACAACAAUGGUGGAGCGAUGAAAGAAAAAGAGCCAGUAAAUAAAGAGAAGAUAAAGCUCAAGUUGAAAAGUGUACCAUUCUCUUUAACAUGUGUACUACACAAGAAGUAUAUUCUGGCAGAUCCAACUUCCGAGGAAGAAUCCAUUAUGGAAACAUUUCUGACCGUGGUACUCGAUUCGUCUUUUCAGCUCGUCUCUCUUAAUAAACCAGGUGGACCAGGUCUCACAAAUUCAUCGGCUAUCCAGGAUUGUGUAACAUUAACGAGACAACGAGUGAAAGAACUUCAAAAGAUUCUGAAUGAAGCAAUCUCCGAUAUGGAAGUUGACUGAAAAAAUUUCUGUCGAAACUCUGUAUUAAUUAGUAAUUGCUUAGUAUUAGUAUUUUCAAGAUUUACUUCUUUCGUGUAUCUUUCUCAUUGUACGUCUAGAACAGGAUUGAAAUGCACAACGAUUUUGGAAUGUGUUCAUAGAACUGCAUUGUUUGUGCAAAUUUUAUUGCUAGAUAUUGUAGCUUCAUCUCAUAUUUUAUACGUAUGCUGUAAAACAUUGGCCAACUAGUGCAAGAUUUUAUUUAUAUUCGUUUUGGAGCAUC